AUCUCAUUUUCUUUUCGCUAUAGCCGACAAACAAUCUUAUUAAUUCUGGAUACUAAAGGUUGCACAGAACUCAGCUAUCUACCCGGAGAUCAUUUAGGGAUCUAUCCACCCAAUGACCCGAAACUGGUGGACAUUGUACUUUCCAGGCUACACAAUGCCCCACCCAUUGAUCAGCUCGUAAAGCUGGAGAUGUUGCAAGAGCGAUCGCCUGCUCUAGGGCCAUCGAAAUCCUGGACAAGUUUUGAGAGGUUCCCCCCAUGCACAUUGAGGACAGCCUUCACCCGUUACCUUGAUAUUAUGAUCACACCAUCUAAGAACCUUCUACAGUUGUUCUCUGUCUUAGCAACUGACGACUUCGACAGAGAACGCUUGGAUAAAUUAUCAAAGGACGCCCAGGCCUACGAACAGUGGAAACAAUACAACAAUCCAAACCUUCCGGAAGUGCUUCAAGAAUUUCCGUCGUUGUUCGUUCCACCAACUUUACUAAUGACGCAAAUUCCGCUAUUACAACAGCGGUUCUACAGUGUCAGCUCAUCACCAAAAUAUCAUCCGGGGGAAAUACACUUAACCAUUGCAAUUGCAAAAUACGUGAAACCAAACGGUAAAAUACACAGUGGCGUCUGUACCACGUGGCUAAAUUCCUGUCCAGUUGGAGAAAAGAUACCCUGUAUUGUAAGAGCGGCACCCAAUUUCCACAUGCCAGAGGACGACACUAGACCAAUAAUAAUGGUUGGUCCAGGCAGUGGUAUUGCACCAUUCCGUAGUUUUUGGCAACAGAGGAAAAUAGACAAAGAAAUGUUACCAGAGCCCAGACGUGAGUUCGAUUCUUUGCUUUUCUUUAAUCUUAGUUAAAUUAU